AUGAGCACUGCACUGGAGUCUGAUCUUGUAUCAGGUUCUAUUGACGCGUCGCUGGCAGAAGUUGACUCAAGACUGCGAGACCCUGAACGGUCGCUAGAUGGUGACAUUGUCAUCGGACCAUUUGCUGUUCUCGAUUUCUCUUCAGCGCAGGAACCCCCAGAGCAAGAAUUGGGACACGAAGCCGAGCCCGUCGAGUCUAAUAUAAACUCUGUAGUUGAGGAAUCUGAGAUAGUGGCUCCUGAGAAACUGCAAGAGCCUACUCCAAUAUUUGAUUCACUGUCUCAUAUUGAUGACUUCCUCCAUUGGUCGGAUCUAUUGAGCUUUGGCCCGGAACAGACAGAGUUCGCAACACACGGUGCUUUGAGCACGCCGAACGAUUUAUUAUUUGAUAUGAGCCAAGAGAUGGGGUUGUUACCCGUUGACUCAAACCACAGCGAUGAUAUAUUGCAAACUUUCACAGAACAGCCACCAGCAGAGCUUAUGUCUGCUGAUAUGGAUUGCCUUAAAGAUGCUCCGACCCUGCUUAGACAUUUCCAGGAUGUUGUCAUCCCACACAUAAUGGCUAUUCCCUGUCGACAAAAGUCACCCUGGAAGAUUUUGAAUGUGCCGGCGGCGGUCGUUACAUAUAGCGACUCGACCUUCCUUGGAACGGAAAGGGUCAGCCACGCCAAACUUGCAAAUUUGUAUGGCUUACUCGCCUGCUCUGCUAUUCAUCUUGUUUUGAAUCCCUCAACAAUAUCGACGAAGUCGCCUGAGUAUUGGUGGAGGGUUGCCAAUCACGCAUAUCUGCAAGCCAAGGACCAUAUGCAAACAUCUCUGCAUUCAGAAACACAGGGGUUGAAGAAGGCAAAAUAUAAAGAUCAGCUGAUGGCUGUAUGCAUUCUCAUACAGUACACAAUCAUGUCCGGACAACAACAACACGCCCGAUGUUUUAUGAUUGAUGCAGAGCGGCUACUACGUCUUCGAGGACUUUCAAAGACCCGAAUCUCGAAAAAGGCACGGCUUUUGCAUCACGUCUACACCUGGCUAAGAAUAGUUGGCGAGAGCACAUUCGUUCUCCAUGAAGAGACCCCCUCUCCCUCCUCCUUUGAAACACUUGGUUCUCGAUUUCAGUCACGAUUCACACCAAACUCAGAAACAAUGGGGAACACUGAGCCAAAUCCUCGACUAGACGAUUUCCUCCGCCUAGAACAAAAUUCAGAUAGUGAUCUGAACAUCGAUGAACGCAAGGACCAAGCUUCAGGACUUCAUGAUAUCCACCUACAGGACUCACGAAGUUAUCCUGAAACAUUAUACAAGCAAAUCUAUGGCAUCCCAGAAACCUGGCUUAGCCUUGUCUCGCAAACAACGAGACUAGCCAACGUCUUGGAGACGUUCCGUAUUGCCCGUGAGGCAGGUCAGACCAUGAACCUCGAAGCAUGGGAAACACUGCAGCGACGUAGCACACGCCUGGAAAACAUGAUUUGCUCUUUCAGCCUAGGCCGAACAAGAGCCGGAGCCCUGGAGCUCCACGCCGAUUCAAAACCGCACGGUCAUAUGGUGGAGGCACUGAAUGCAGCUUUAGUUAUUUUCUUUUACAGACGAAUCCGAAAGACACAUCCUGCUGCCCUGCAGGGUCAUGUGGACAGUGUUAUUACAGCGCUUCAGGCGUGUAGUGCGACACUUACACAAGAUGACCCCACAGGACCUGGAACGGCAUGGCCGUUGUUUAUUGCAGGAUGUGAAGCAAUGUCAGCUGCGAGGCGAGAGGCGAUCAUGAACAUGGUAGAUAGGGCGAGCUCAGUGUGCGGUUUUGCUGCGUUUGGGACGGCUAGAAAUAUCAUCCUCGAAGUAUGGCGCAAGCAGGAUGAGCAUAUGACUGCAAACAGGGGUGAAUCAAUGCCGUCAUGGGUUGAUGUUGUGAAGCAAGGACAGAUAUGGCCCUUGUUUUGUUGA